AUGGCGGAUCCAACACCACCGUCUGGUCUCCUUACCGGCGGCAACGCUCAGGAGUUGGGGGCCGAUCAGUCCCGCCGCUUCACGGCGGGUGUUCGUAUCGGGGAAGGUCCGGAGACCAGCAGCGCGCCACGUCCGGCUGCCGCGACCGCCGACCCUGCGGCGGCUGCGCUGGACCGUAUUCUAGCGCGUUUGGAUCAGAUGGAAUUCAGGAUGGAUGCGUGGGAUAGAAGGGGUGAUCGGGGGGAGACUACACGCCGCCCCGAACCGAACACUACGUAUUUGUCCGACGACGGGGACGGCGAGGGGUAUCGCUCCCAGGGAGAAUUUUGGCCGGCGGACGGAGAGGGGCCCUCGGACUUCAACCACGACAGGCGAUUACGUGGUGGGGCUUUCCGCCGGCGACGAGGGUUGGGACGCGAAGGUCUCAGGCGUGACCUAGGGCCCACACAUUCGGGCUCUGGCGAAGGGCCUUAUCGCACACAAACUGGGCCACGGCCUCGCACUAGCUGGGACCGACCGACUGAUCGCGUCGCAAUGAAUCUUGAUAGGGGCUUCCGGGAGUAUCGCCACCCGACAUCGUGGGACUCCCCUGUGCCCCGGCAGAACAUGUCAGGCGGCAGAACGGACAGACCAAAGGACCUGUCCAUGAAGGCGCCCCGUUUCGACGGGUCUGACGCGACGAAUUGGAUCUCCAGGGUCGAGUAUUAUUUCGACCAUUUGCAGAUGCCGGAUUAUGAACGCCUUCACUACGUGGUUAUGCUUUUUCAGCCACCGGCGGCGGAAUGGAUCUUUAAUUAUCGGGAGAAUAACCCUGUGGUGACGUGGCAGGAGUUUUUGGGGGAUGUGCGACACAGGUUCGAUCCACAGAGCUUCCGGAAUUGCAUUGGACCGUUAUCCAAGUUGGUGCAGACGGGGUCGGUCGCCGAAUAUCACGACGCGUUUGAGCGAUAUUUGAAUCGCGUGAGAGGGCUUUCGGAGGAAGCAUUGAUCCCGAUAUUCAUAACUGGCCUUAAGGAACCGAUCCAAGAGAAAGUAGAGUUACAGCAGCCGGGUUCGUUGGCAGAGACGAUGGCUUUGGCCUUGAGGUUGGCAGUGUCGCACGAGGAAAGGCACCCUCCCCAAUCCCGCAACAAGUGGGGCAGCCGCGACAACAGGGUGUCGUCCACGACCCCGGCCGCCCAACCAAGCCACCCAGACACGGCAACACGGGAUUCCCCACGUCCAACCUUCCGCCCGAUUCGAGUCUCGAACGCGGAAAAGGCGGAACGCUCCCGGAAGGGGCUGGAGAAGUGGGUGCCGGGCCAUGUGUGCAAACACAAGAUGCUUUCUUACGUGGGUGAGGAGGAUGGCGACAAUGUGGCCGAGGAAUCUGAUUGUAGUGAGGACGGUGACACGCUUAUUACGGCCGACUUAUCGCACCUCCAUGCCUUGGCAGGGGGCCCUAAGGCGAGAACGUUUAAUGUGGUGGGGAGAAUAGCAGAGACCACGGUCAGCAUUCUGAUCGACACGGGCAGCACCCAUGAUUUUCUUCAUCCUAGAGUGGCGGAGCAAUUACAAUUGCCCCUGACGCCUAUACGCCCGUUUCGCGUUUAUGUGGGCAACGGGGCAUCAUUGGUGUGCUCUCAUAUUGCGCGGGGUACCAAGCUAUCCGUUCAAGGGGUCGACUUCUUCAUCGACUUGCACAUUAUGGAAAUCCACGGGCCUGAUAUUGUCCUGGGAAUGGAUUGGCUCGAGUCAUUGGGCAAGGUCUCGGCGGAUUUUGUGGGGAAGACUCUGGAAUUUACCCAGAACGGGGUUCGCGUGUCGUUGCACGGGGUCCAGCCAGCCCCACGCCUCAUAUCCCUUCAGUCCUUGGCCAUGCUGACAGCUCACUCGUCGUCUCACGAGUUCUACGAGAUUGUGCGGAUGGACACGGGGCCUGGGGGUGCAGGGCCGACGGCGGCAGAGGAGUUUCCGCCCGAUACCCCCCAUGAUGUCUGGAUCGUGUUGGACCAGUUUCGGGACGUGUUUGCAGUUCCAACGAGGAUGACUCCGCGGCGGGGUUUUGACCACCGUAUCCACCUCCUACCGGACACUAAACCGGUAAAUGUGCGGCCUUACCGUUAUCCCUAUUUUCAGAAGAACGAAAUAGAGCGACAGGUGCGGGAGAUGCUCGACCAAGGGAUAAUUCAACACAGCCACAGUCCGUUUUCGUCCCUGGUACUCCUUAUACGGAAAAAGGAUGGGACCUUCAGAUUCUGCAUUGACUACCGGGCCCUGAACCUGGCCACGGUCCCGGAUCAUUUUCCCAUCCCGACCGCGGAUGAACUGUUCGAUGAGCUCGGCAGAGCGCGGUUUUUUACCAAACUGGACUUGCGCUCGGGCUACCAUCAAAUCCGCAUGCAUGACGCGGAUGUCUUCAAGACGGCUUUUCGAACCCACGACGGCCAUUUUGAAUUCUUGGUUAUGCCAUUUGGACUCACUAAUGCCCCCUAG